CUGUUAAAGGACUGUAUUGAAAACAAUGAAUGUGGAACAAAAGAUUUAAAUGAUCCGUACUCUACACGCGUUUCGGUUUUCAUUUAAUCGUUUUACAUACUUAAGAAAUACAAAAAAAAAAACUUUGGUCAAAUUAGAAUUCUAAAUUUGUUUAAAUUUUCCUGUAAGGAUGGGAAUUGGAGCUAGUGUCUCUUCUAAUUCUAAAGCUGAAACCAGUCGAAGUAGACGUCAAAAAGAUAUAAAUGUCAUCGAGCAUAUACAAACCGAGAUUACAAGGCUGGAUGAUGCUUCUAAAGAUACCAACGCACUAGACGAAUUUAUCGACGCAUCACAAACGUACAGUAACACGAGUACCAUAUCAAGGGUACCAGCAGUAAACUUGGUAACAGAAUCCGUACAGAAAACAAUCAACAAUAUUGAUGGUUAUUUUGACAAUGUAGACAAACACUUUGAAAACCUGCAAGCAAAACUUGGCGAAUUCAAAGAAGCUGUGUUUGAAAGAUGUGAACAGUACUCAGAAGACGAAAAACUAAAUAAAUUAAGCAGAGCCCGACAACAGAUAAAUGUUGUAGAUGAACUUAUUCUGAAAGCUAAAGGACGUCUUAUUCAAGCGAAAAAAGACAACAAAACUUCAGAAAUGGUUAAAUCAAUGAAACGACAAGUCCAAGACCUCGAAAUGUUCAAGUCCGAUCUCAAAGCAAGUAGAUUUGACAGUGCAAGGUCAAAAAAGAAUGAAAUGUUUGAAAAAGUUCUGCAGAGUGAAGGAAGCGAAUAUGUCAUUGAAGAUAUUCUAAAAUGGCGAGAUGAAGCAUUGAAACUUAGAAGAAAAUAUGAAUCGCUCCUGGAUGAUAAUGAAAAGCUGAGGACCGAAAGCGAGAACGAAAUUAUAACAUUACAAAACACUAACCAGAUAUUUAUAAAAGAAUUAACAGAACUGAGACAAGAAACCGAUAUGGCUGACGAGAAAGUUAAACAGUCUGAGGAAAGGGUGCAACUUGUUGAAGAGAAGUUGCUUGAUGAACGAUUAUCGCACGAAGUAGAAAUAAAUUCACUGAAAGCAAUGCUUGAAAAGAAAGACGAGAUUCUAGCAAAGUUAAUGGGAAGUAACCCAGUAACACCGGGCCCAGAGCACGAGCAGGUACGCCUUUCGCCAGAGGGAAUAGUUGGAACAUCGGAUAGUGAAAGUAAGUAUAAAACAAGUGACAGUAGAAGUCCUAGUCCUAGCAAGGAAAAUGAUGCCAACAAUGAAAGCAAAGGAAAGGGAGACAUUAAUACACAUAAUGGCAAUUCACAGUCUUCAGUAAAAGAAGAACACGCAAGCGGUAAGGAUAACGCUGAUGAUUUCUACAUAAAACGUGUUUUACAAACCAUAAAACCUAACAAACAAAACAGUAACGGUGGCAAUAAUGUUGAAACUAAUGACAAAGAAAUAACAGAAGAACAAACAGAAAAAAUUGAAAGAACGGAAGAAAACUCGGAAACACAAAAGCUAAAUUCAACUGAAAUAGUUUCAUCCGAAAAAGAGAAAGAUACCGAAUCAGAAAAUCGUCAGGACUAUGUUGAACAAACAAAUACUAAUGAGAAUGGUACAAAAGCUCAAGAUAUUGUUUUAUACGAGGAGGGUACAGUCAAAGAAAUAGUAUAUAAAAGAAACGAUAGUGAAAUAGAUGGCAAUUUAUCAUACCAUAAAGGCGUGGGAGCGGUCCUUCAGACGUGUAAUCAAGAGUUUGGUGUGGACAGCGUUUCCUGCGAGAUCAUAGAUGAACUCGAAAAUAACAUGCUACCCGAUUUCGUGGAAGGGGAGAGAGCCGUCAGCUUUCAGCUUCAUUUUCAAAAGAAAUUGGGCAGUGACUUUACUCUUAAAGAGGGCGAAUCGUUUAAGUUAUUUCUUCCACACCGAACUAUCCACGAGUUUGAGGAAGCCAGUUUGAUACAGUCUGUGAAUGGCGAGGACUGGGAACCCUGUGACCCUCUGGAUGAAACUCCCUCUUCUAUUGAUGAUGUGCAAAUGGUGUGCUUGGAGUUAUAUGACUUGACAGACAUAAAGCUCAUUGCUAUUGCAAGAGAGAAAAUUGAGUAUAUCAUUGCUGGAGAAGGUGAUAUUGACCAGAAAUCAAAGUACGACCAGACAGUCACUCUGAAAAUGUCAAACGCAACUUUCAAAUCCAGGACUGAAGUGAAAUUACUGGUCCAUGACACACACCGGCGGGAGAUGUUGGCAGCCAUUGAGAUACAUGAUGAGUGUAAACAGAUCAUGUCAUGCACGACAUUUGUCUCUCUGCUCUGUGAACAAAUCACCAAAGAAGACAUCUCGGUGAUCAUGAAGCUUCAAGAAGAUAUAGAUGCUGAAUGCAAGUACACAAUGUUCAGUCUUGACGACUAUGGUUGGACACUCGCAGAUUGUGAUUGGCAGCAAGAAGAGAAAGAGCUGGUAGUACAUUUAAGGGCAGGUGCCAAGAAAUAUAGAAUACUUGGUCUGGAGCUCCCUAAAGAUAUGAGUGCAGAGGAGAAACUAGAAGCUGUGAGGGUAUUACAUGAUCAUACAAGUCAUUACCUGGUGCGGCUGCUGUUUAGGCAGCGAGAGGAUGAUCCCACUCAGGCCGUCGUUAUUUGCUUGCGCUCCAAAAUUGUCAAAACAGGAAUUUAUGAACUGAAAGAAUUAGGAUACUCUGUGGGAGGGUAUCCCAGUUCUCAGUUCUGUCUGCUAGAAGGUGACACCCUAUCAUUACAAUUCUCCGGGGACAUAACCGCCAAACCUGUACAUUCAGAGAAGAUGGAAAUGACGUUCUAUCCACAGAAAGAAAUCGCAACGAAACAAUUAUUACUACAGUCACCCGAUAAGACAGAAGACGAUGAACAAAAUAGUCCACCUCAGGGAUUUCUGAGCAUCCUGAAGAAAAAUGAUACACAGAAAAUUAUCCUUGGAGAGACGAUUAACUUUCAAAUUGAAAGCAGUCCGAAGGACAAUGAAUCGUGAUAAAUGUAAAAUUAUGUUGAGUGUGAUAGGGAAAUAUCAUAUAUGUAGAUAUUUAAAAUAAAACCAUUUUGAUGUAUCUAUCCCCCUCCACCCAACAACUUAGAUACAAGGCCACACUUUAGAGUUAAGCUAUAAUUGAUAAUAAUGGUCGAAAGAAAACGUGGUCAGAAAUAUACAUGUACAUUUUGUAUAUAUAUUUAUUAUAUCUAUAUUUAUAAAGUUUAUAUUUCUAAUACAAGUGUAACAAAUUAUAACAUGAUUAUUAGAACCGUGCUGUAUGGCAUUAGAUGAACACACAAAUAACACACACUUGUAUGCUUAAUUAGUCAGCAAUGACCUUCGUUAAAUAUCUUGCUGAAAGCACUUGUUUGUUAUUCAUCGACCAAUUGCAACUUGCGUCAAAAGAUAUGCAAUACUUAUUCACCUUUCCUUACUGAAAACAAAAAACAAAAGUCUUAAAAGAAAGAAAACAUUUUUGAGGGGGUAUUUCAAUUCUCUUCAAUACUAAUAAGCUACUGUGUCAACAAACAGGUUUUCGACUGGUAAGAAUCAUUUGAUUGUUUUUGUUAGGGCUUACUAGGUGCGUUUACGUGAUCUGUUCAACGGUGCUACAAGGACAUAAUAUGUUUUUGAAACGUCAUAUCUACUUCCAAUUAAUUGCAAAUAUUUGUUUAAGGUAUAUUUCGUUUUUCAAUUCCUUAAUCAAAAGUUAUACAAAUAAAAACAUUGUCUUUUGAAGUGGAAUGGAUAGAUUUCUGAAAUGUAAAAUAUCGUAUUUUUCAACAUUACAAUCCGAAAAAUAAACGAAUCAUUAAAAAUCGUGACGUAGAUCUUCAAAAACAAAUAUGUUUGUAGUUUUGGAGAAGUCGGCAGGUCGUAUAAAGCUCACAGAAGCGACAACAUUUCUCAUAAUCUAAUCUCCAGCGAAAAGAGUUAACAAGUUGUUUGAAAGAGACAUAAAGAUUUGAAAAAUAUAUAAGGAUAAGCUUAUAAGGAAAUUGUACAAAACACAUUGCAUUUUUGUAGCUCUAACAAAAGUGCUUAGACUAUUUUUGAUUGCAACCAGAAAAAAGCGUGUUGUAAGCUGAGUUGUACAAUGAGGGCGACACAACUUAAGACCCUUGUGGGGGACAAUUUACAUUUUGAGAAGUUACCAGAAUUGCCGAAAGGCUCGGAAGUGUUUGAAGCAGUGCGAGAUGAAUUGGAACACGAGCAUGAGCCAGAAACAAGUAAAACUGAAAAUGGCAAUUACUUAACACUUGAAAUGGAUAGUCCGCCGAGAUCACGUGCUAACUCACAUUCACGUGCAUCUCCUGCGCAGAUGUGGUUUACAGCUAGAGCACGGCUCGACAAACCUUCAAUAUAUAAGGCAGUGGUUUUAUCAUCGAGUAAAUGGAAACGCUGACCUACGAAUUUUUACUGAUCAAUAUAUGACAAGGAUUAAUAAACUUGUUCAUGUUAUCAACAAAAGACUGGCAGAUAACUGAAGUAUUCGCAAUUUUGGCAGUGUUUUGGUCAAUCGGGGGUAAUCGGAAAUUAAUAGCUGAACGUAUGAGGACAGACAAGUGAUGGUGAUGAUAGAAGAAGGUUCACGUGUCAGCCUGGUAGUAAAGUUGUACAGAUUUGAUAAUGACAUUUACUAACUGACUUUUAUUGAAUAGAUAUAAUUUCCGAUUGAACUUUUCCUGAAACUUGUAUUGUUUUAAAUUCUAAAUUAAGUGUGUUUACUAACAUGUUUUAAGAGAAACAAUACUGUAAAUGUAUUUGUUAUUGGGCUUUUAUAACACUGUUAUUAUAGCCUUUUAGCAACACUUUCUUAAUGAACCAUUUUUAAACUGUAAAUUCAUUUGAUGUUUGUUCAGCAUUACUGUAACGAUCGUUAGAUUAAACAUUGAGCUGUUACUGUA